UCAAAACAGAAAAAUCACAAUUUCUGUGUGAUCGUUUUGCAGGUUCAUUCAGUGGGUAUGGUGUUGCUGCAGCAGGUUUAGAUGCGGUGAUGUGGAGGAGGAGAAGAAGGAAUCGUACGGACAUCUAGCUUCGCUCUGCGGAGACGGAUACUGUAAGCACUUGGUGCACAGCAAGGCCUGUGAGGCGCUCUCUCAGCUCCCUUCUCUCAUGCCUCUCUACUCCGGGAUUCAAGGAGAAGUCAUGAUAUUGGACCAACACAGAUGGAUCCGCCCUGCAGUCUCCUCAGAUUCAAAUUCCUCUCAGGAAUAAGACCCAGUCUCUCUCUUGUGGUCUUCUCCUCCCUAGUUGCAGCCCUCUCUUCGUCCCAUUUGCUCCUUCAAUAGAGAAAAUCGGAGAAGCCUGCUGUCUCGUCUCAUCCUCUUCAGCUCUCUCUCAUAGCUAUGGUUUUUAGCUUCUUGCUCUUGUAAAUUCUCAUCGGGUCCCCUUCCUUGACAUCAUAGAAACGGAUCGGCUAAGAAGCUUUCUAGAAAAUAGAUGGAGAGAAGUUGGAUGAAACUCAGGGAUCAUUUUUGCCUGGAGUAUGCGGAAGGGGUUCGAGAGUUUAUGCGUGUCGCAACUCAGCAUGCCGGAUCUGGUAAUAGAGUUCGAUGCCCUUGCAAAAAUUGCAAAAAUUGUUAUUUUAGACAAUUGUUAGAGGUUAAGAGGCACCUCCUUUUAUAUGGAAUUUUGGAAGACUAUACUUGUUGGAUUCAUCAUGGUGAAACAAUCCAAGUUGCUGAUCAUAAUCUUGCUGGUGAGAAAACUAAUAAUCAACAUAUUUCUGAUGAUCAAGGCGACAAUAUAUAUAAUGAUAUUCCAGAGCUGUUAGAGGAUCUACAAAGAGGUACAUUUGCAGAAUCUUUUGGAGAGACUUCCACUGACCAAAAUACAUCGGGUAAUGAAGGUGAAGUGGAGAAAUUUGCUAGACUGCUAAAUGAUGCUAACCAAGAGUUAUAUCCUGGUUGCUUGAAAUAUUCUAAGUUAUCAUUUCUUCUAAAAAUGGUUCAUGCCAAAUCAAUGGGGAAUUGCAGCAAUAAAGCAUUUGAUAUGAUGCUGACAUUAUUCAAAAGUGCCCUUCCAGAAGGUGCGACGCUUCCAAAAUCGUACUAUGAUGUGAAAAAGUUAUUGCGUGAUUUGGGUCUUGGUUAUAUAAAGAUCGAUGCUUGCCAAAAUGAUUGCGCAUUAUUUUGGAAGGAACAUGAAAAUCUUGAUAGGUGUCCAAAUCUAAAUUGUCAAGCUCCUCGGUGGAAAUAUAGUGCUCUUAAACGUAAGAAGAUUCCCCAUAAGGUGCUGCGAUACUUUCCUGUCAAGGCCAGACUUCAACGUUUAUUCAUGUUUAAGGAAACAUCAGAGGAUAUGAGAUGGCAUAAAGAGAAGCGUGUUCAAGAUGGUGUAAUAAGACAUCCAGCUGAUGCUAUAGCAUGGCAAGAGUUUGAUAAGGAACAUGAUUGGUUUGCUCAAGAUCCUCGAAAUGUUCGAGUAGGCCUUGCAAGCGAUGGGUUCAAUCCUUUUGGUAAUAUGAGCACGACCUACAGUAUGUGGCCGGUGUUUUUAAUUCCGUAUAACUUGCCUCCCUGGAAAUGCAUGAAGGAGCCAUUUAUCAUGUUAAGCUUGCUCAUACCCGGUAAGGAUUCUCCUGGUAAUGAAAUUGAUAUAUAUUUACGCCCAUUGGUUGAUGAGUUGAAAGAGUUAUGGUUAGAAGGUGUAGAGACAUAUGAUUCAUAUAAGGAUGAGAAAUUUCGGUUGCAUGCUAUAUUAUUAUGAACCAUAAAUGAUUUUCCGGCUUAUGGAAUGUUAUCUGGGUGGAGUACGAAAGGGAAGUUAGCUUGUCCAAUAUGCAAUAAGGACACUUGUUCAUUUACACUAAAAAAUGGACAGAAACAAUGUUAUAUGGGUCAUCGUAGGUUCUUAGAUUCGCAACAUUCAUGGAGAAAAAGUAAAAAAUUUGAUGGUAAGUCAGAGUACCGGUCGAAACCUGAAGAAUUAUCUGGAGAUGAUGUGUUAAGACAAUUGAGGCAAGUUGAGAAUGUAAGAUUUGGAAAGCCGCCUAAUCAGCGAAAGAGGAAACGUUCAGAUGGUGAACUGAAUUGGACAAAAAGAAGCAUAUUUUUUGAAUUGCCUUACUGGAAAACAUUAAAGCUGCGACACAAUUUGGAUGUUAUGCAUAUAGAAAAAAAUAUAUGCGAAAAUAUUUUGUCCACUUUGAUGAAUAUUGAGAAGAAAACUAAGGACAACAUCAAGACCCGUUUGGAUUUGGAGGAAUUGGGUAUACGGAAGGAGCUGCAUUUACAACGAGGUGGUGACAGGUUAUGGGUUCCACAGGCAUGUUACACACUCACACUACAAGAGCGGCGAAAGCUCUGUGGAUGGCUAGGACUAGUUAAGUUACCUGAUGGAUAUGGGUCUAAAUUUUCCCGUGUUGUGGCCAAUGAUGCUGCUAAGGUUUCCGGUAUGAAAAGUCAUGACUAUCACAUAUUCUUACAACGACUGCUUCCUGCUGCAUCAUAUGGAUUCUUGCGAAAGGAUGUAUAUGUCGCACUAUCGGAGUUGAGCAAUUUUUUCAAGGAACUAUGCUCUAAAGUUGUGAAUAGAGAAAAAUUGGAACUGUUGAAGCAUGAUAUCAUUUUAAUAUUGUGCAAACUUGAGAUGAUUUAUCCACCGUCCUUUUUCGUCAUUAUGGUUCACCUAGCUAUCCACUUACCUCGUGAAGUUGAAUUAGGUGGGCCGGUUCAAUAUCGUUGGAUGUAUUUUGUCGAGAGGUUAUUGAGGACGUUAAAGGACUCUGUGCGCAACAAAGCUCGCCCAGAAGGCUCGAUUGCUGAAGCGUAUAUUGCCAAGGAAUGCCUUAAUUUUUGUUCCAUGUAUUUUCGUGGUAUUGAAACACGAUUUAAUCGAGAGGACAGAAAUUAUGAUGGGAGCAAAACAGAUGAAUCGAGUGGAUUUCUGAUUUUUAAACAAAAGACGAGGCCAUUAGGAGCAGCUAAAUAUAAAGUUUUGUCCAAAUCUGAGAGAGAUAAAAUACAAUGGUAUAUUCUCCAUAAUUGCAGUGAGAUUGAUGCUUACCGAAAGUAAGUAUAUUAAUAUAUAGUGCACAUGUCUUUUUAUAGUAGUACUGUGCAUGAUUAAUCUUUGGGAUUUUGCAGUUUACACAA